AUGUUAAAAAGAAAAUGUUCCGAUUUAUCCAGUUCACAGUCGAAAAGGUUAGACAUAAGCCAUGAAUAUAGUGGAUUAGAAGGUGUCAAAUUACCUCCUAUUCAGUUAUCUGUCUUUCAUGGGGACUAUUUGAAGUGGAUUGAGUUUAAAGAUACUUUUGAAGGGUUAAUUCAUAAUAAUAAAGUAUUGGCAGAUAUUCAAAAAUAUCAUUAUUUACGUGCGAGUUUAAAAGGUGAUGCAUUGAAAAUUAUACAAAGUUUAGAUUUUUCUGCACAAAAUUACAUUUCUGCAUGGCAGACUCUAUGCAACAGAUUUGACAACUCUCGGAUGUUAGUAAACAAUCAUUUAAAAGCUCUUUUUGAGAUUGAAAAUUUAAAUAAAGAAUCUGCAUUAGGUCUUAGAAGCAUGAUAGAUUCAGUUAAAAAGCAUUUAUUCGCUUUAAAAUCACUUCAACUACCGACUGAACAUUGGGAUGCUAUUAUGGUGUAUUUGGUAAGUGGUAAAUUGGAUAAAUUUAGUUCUAGGGAAUGGGAAAAAAGAAAAAUAGAUAAUUCUUUGCCAAGUUUAAACGAAUUUCUUGAAUUCUUGAAGAAUCGUGCUGACUUUUUGGAAACUAUAGAGUUAAGCAAUGUGACAAAACCGGAUUAUAAAUCUAAUUACCAAGAUAAACGCUCUAGAUCUCUGCUAACUAGUAAAAGCAGAAGUUGUAAUUUUUGUAAACAAAAUCAUUUGAUUUACCUAUGUGAAGAAUUUCUUAAACUUUCAGUAGCCCAAAGAUGGGAUAAAAUAAAACAAUUAAAUUUAUGCCGAAAUUGUUUAUGUACCGGACAUUCCUACAAACAAUGUAAAUCGUUCGGUUGUAAGAUAUGUAAAGCCAAACACAGUUCUCUUUUACAUGAAAAUAAACCAUCUGAUAUUCAUGUUAAAGAAAACAGUUCAAUUAAUUUCAACCCGAACAAUGAUUCCGAGAAUGAACCAAAUAAAGUUAAGUUGUCAACUAAUACUUCAGAAAAUAAUGUUAAUAGAAAUGAGAUUGUUUUAAAAAAUAAUUGUUCAAAUAAUGAUUAUGUACUGUUGAGUACUGCUAAAGUUAGAGUAUAUGAUAGAUACGGAAAUACUCAUAUCGCACGAGUAAUCCUAGAUUCAGGGAGCCAAUCAUGUUUUAUUACAGAGGAUUUUCUAAGGAUUGAAAAUACAUUCGGUCUAAAUAUUAGUCCUACAAUUUUGGCGUUAUUUGACUUUUUUGAAAGCAAUAGGCAAUUUUGGACACUUGGUAAAUUUAAAAUCUCUGAAAAUCAGGAAAAACUAAAGAGUUGA